UUGACAAACAUGGUAGUAAGAUCAGCAUAUUUUUGUCUAAACUCAAAUUUAGAUUAUCAUUAGCUAAACUAGCGGAUGUUACAAAUACUAAGCCUAGGCCUACUACGGGAGAGUGUAUUUGUUUUGAGAGCUCUGUUUUUGGAGAAAUUACUUUGUACGUAAAAUUAUAUUUGACCUAUUGAAUAGAAACAGUUUUGAUUAUGCCUAUAAAAAACAUGUGUAAAUCAUAACAAAGUGAACCACGAGGGCUGCGCUGAGUCUUACGUCGUCUUUAAGGUAUGGUUUUAAAAGGAGAUGAUCGCUGACAAAGAUACGUGCAGGUGCUAUAACGAAACCUCACGAAGGUGAAGAAAAACGACCAAAGCAAAACCUACAGCGAAAGUUCCUCAAAGGGCACAUAAUGGUGGCGAGGAUGGCGAGCUGCGGAGCCACUUGUCACCUGGAUGAAGGAGAUGGAGACGUCCCUGUCCCUGGCCAGAAGGGUAAUCUGACUGAAAGUGAUAACAGUGGCUCAGACAAUGCAGGGACAUCUACAGAGGAGAGUUCUGAAGAUGAGGAGGAGGAGGAUUCUGACGGCUCUGCUGUGAAAGGAGGAGCAGAAUCAGAGGAGCCUGCCGUUGAGGAUUCCUGUAAUGAAUCGGAGUCGGCUCCUCAACCUGAUGCAGAGGUUUCCCUUGCUAAAGAUAUGCCCCCCAAGACAUGUGAAAAAUGCAAGGCUGUCCAGCAGAGUCAAGGCAAUGAUCUGGUUACUCCCAGGAGGAUCUCUAAAGGUCGCCUACAGGUGCAGCUGGAGGGAGAGGGGGCAUAUGAGUGCUCUGUCACCGGCCUGGUGUUUGAGGUGUCAGAGAGAGUCCUGAUCCGCUACUCGGUCCUGUCCUGGUCCAAGUUUGGCAAGUUCCUCGGGGACUGCUGGAGGUUCGCUGGGCCCAUCUUCAACGUGGACUGUGUCAACAGCCCCUCGUCCGUCCUCACCUCCAUCCAGUUCCCUCACUCCCUCUGCCUCGCUGACCCUGACAGUGAAAUGACCUUCAGUGUCCUGCAUAUGAAGGACAGCUGUCCGGUGAUCGAGCCCUCGGUUGACCACUCUGGCAGCCAUGUAAAGUGGCGUGUGUCGUCCCUGUCCCCGGUGGGGCCCAUUGUCCAGAGCAGCCAGCCUGUAGAGCACCACGGGGUGGUCCUGGUGUAUAAGGAACUGGCUCUGAACAACUCUUACUCCUUUCGCAUCUACCUGGCCACCAACAACUCCUCCGACAUUAAGGACAUAGGGAAGGAGGUGCGUUGCUCCAAGAGGCGUUACCUGAAGGUAGAGAAGCCACCCACCUGUAAGCUGGAUGAGAGGAGGUACCGCCUCAUGAGUGAACCAGAGGGAGACAUCAGCCCUGCGGACUUGCAGUUCACGCUGGCCGUGACUAAAUUGAAGGGAUAUUUUGAGGCGUUCUUUGAGCAGCCCCCUCCCUUCAAGCUCUCCCUCAUAGAGACAGAGUCCGACCAGACUGUGUGGUCAGCCACCAUCAGAGAAGGUGACUGUGUGGACAAUGCAGUUGAAAAACUAAGGAAACGGACAGAUAGCAGGAAGAGAAGCACCAGCACAUCAGAGGAAGAGAUGACCAAUAAGAGACCUCGAUGUGCAGAUGAGUCAGACGGAGUGCGGACAGUGCAGGUCCCAGACGUGUCGCCCAAGCAGCUGAUGCAGGUGGCUAAGCGGCUGGGGAAGGAGUGGAAGCAGGUGGCUAUCGGUUGCCUGGACCUGUCCUCCAAAGAGCUGGACGAUAUUCAGGCCAGCGAGGAGGAUGUCAUCAUGCAGAGGUUUAAGGCAUUGGAGCGCUGGAAGACUUGCAGGCCGAAGGGUCAAGCCACUGUCGCUCACUUCUUGAAGAGCCUACAGGAGUUCGAUGACCUGCCCAAUGAGGUCCACCAGACACUGCAAGAUAUGAUGGACAAUAAAGCUGCCAAAUGACAUCUUUAGCCUCCCUAAGUCCCUGCCUUUCCGCAGCCCUGUCGUCAGUAAGACAGAGAGACAAUGGGUGAGAGACGUUUGAACUCUUGACUUGAAGACAGAAAUUUCUACUUUAUGCUGUAUGGCUGGGGUACUUAACUCUUACCCUCUGAGGUCUGGAGCCUUCUGGUUUUCUGUUCUACAUGAUCAUUAAUUGCACACACCUGGUGACUCACGUUUAAAUCAGUCCCUGAUGACAACAUUCAGUGGAACUGGCUUCAAGGUUCAGAGUUGAGUGUGAGGGCUGUAUGGAGUAGGAUGAAUGUUUUCUCUAGACCAGAUAUGGGCAACUCCAGUCCUCGGGGCCUGGUUGGUGUCACACUUCCCCCCCAUCCCUAGCAAACACCGCUGAUUAAACUAAUUGCGUUCUAAAUGGAAGAUCAUAAUUAGUUGAUUAUUGGAGUCUGGUGUGUUAGCUGGGGCAAAAGUGUGACACCAAUCCAGCCCCUGAGGACUGGAGUUGCCCGUCCUUGCUCGAGAGGCUGAUCUAAGGUCAGCUUUGCAUACCUCCUUCAUAUAUUGAGGAUUUGAGGAGGGUACAUUGAUCCUCAAUCAGAAGCAUUAUGUGUCCUGGCACCCCAGCCUAGCACUGUCACCCCCUCUCAGCCCAAGACAAUUGCCUUCAACUGAAAUGUUUGAUUCCUGCAGACCUGGAGGCUGGAUCUAGAGAACUUUGUGCCCCACCUAGUAGUGAUAUUUAGUAGUGGGAAACCCUGGCUUUUCACCCCUCCCAAAGACAAUUUCACCAAAGCCUUUCAUCUUGAAGGGUCAUUCUCGUAGUCCAUUAACUUUGAAUAAUGCAGACGUACCUGAAGCUGUAGAGGUACCCCAAACAGCCAGGAGCUAAUGCUACAACCCGCGGUGCAGAGAAGACUUGUUAUGUCAUAGAUGAGCUCUGGAAAAUAGGUAGCUAAAGUGUAGCCAGUAACAGACAUGGUGCUGCAGUAUGGAAACUGCUGACAAACUUUUGGGGAGUUGUAUAUUUUGCAUUUUGAUAUUUGUCAUUCAAGGCAUUACCACUUAAUCAUGGAAUUGGACCAACUUCUCAAGGAGUGUAGCUGUACUUUUUAUACUGUGUACAUAUUUUCUCUGUAUUUAAACUAUGCUGCGAUUGUUUUUAUUUUUGUACAGUUUGUGUUUGUUUGUUUUUAUGUGUGUUAUGACCAAAUUGAGCCUGUCAAACUUAGUGGUGAUAGCUAAGCUUCAUCUCAGAGAAAAGAUUGGUAAUAUUUACUUUUGUUUAGACUGAAUCGUGUCCAUUCUGUAGCCUGGAAAUCACACUCAGUGCAUUUGAACAUGGUGGGAUUGAAUGAAUUCCAGAAGCCACUAAUUUAGGAGAGUAUUUUUAGUUAAUAAAAAGGGGUACUAACUCAUUUAAAACCUCUUUCAAUAGGGAUGUCACUGUUGCAGAUACUGGGAUCCAAAUACUUUAGGGAGAGUAACAACGAUUAACUGUUGAAAUUAUAAAUGGGAAAACCAUGAGUUUAGUGGUAAAUUGGGUAUUGGAUGCCAUUUGCAAGUGUGUACAUAUGUUUACACUCAGAAUGAUCUCUCAAAAUCCAUCAUUUAAUAUUCCAGUUGUUACAUGUGCACUUCUGUAAUGUUACACUUCAGGUAUGGGCCUUCGUAGGGCUCUGGGUAUGGUGCCUAAGAUUACAAAUCUUUGACUGAAUAAAAUAUUUUUUUGGGAAAGAUGAAUUUCAUUUAUUUCAUUGCAAAUAGUUUUCAGCUAGUAGAGGUAGACCUACAGCUUGAUGAGGUCUUCAUGACUGUUAGUAAACACAUGUAUCAUUAAGUCAUAGCCUACAGGUUCAGUGGCCUUUACAGAGAUGCUUGACAAAUAAUGACCAUGCCAAGUUGGGAACCAACAGGACCCUGAACAGCUUCCACCCCCAAGCUAUACGACUGCUAAAUAGUUAGUUAAAUAGUUAACCAAUAGCCAGGAAUAUCUGCAUUUCCCCUUUCUGCACUAACUCUUUUGACUCAUGACAUAAAACAGCAACAGCAGUGUAUAUAUCCUGUUGCCUAGUCACUUUAUCCCUACCUAUAUGUACAUAUCUACCUCAAUUACUUUGUACCCCUUCACAUUGACUAUGUACUUGUUUCUUGUGUUAUUUUUCUAUUCAUUUUUCAAAAAUGUUUCUCUGCAUUGUUAGAAAGGGCCCAUAAGCAUGUGACAAAUAAAAUGUGAUUUGAUUAUGAUUUAAUUUGCCAGUGGUGUUAAGUAAAAAUACCCUGAAGAACUACUUAAGUAGUUUUCUUGGGUAUCUGUACUUUACUACUUAUAUAUUUGAGAACUUUUACUUCACUACAUUCCUAAAGAAAAUUAUGUACUUUUUUUUUACUCCCAUGUAUUUUCACUGACACCCAAAAGUACUCCUUACAUUUCAAAUGCUCAGGCAGGACAGCAAUAUAAUCCAAUUCAUGCACCUAUCAAUAUAAUGCCUUGUCAUCCCUACUGCCUCUGAUCUUGCGGACUCACUAAGCACAAAUAUGGUGUUUGGAAAUGUUGUCUGAGUGAGGUGAGUGUGCCCCUGGCUAUCCAGAAAUAAAUUAAAAAACAAGACAA